AUGAAUAAUGAUGAUGAACAAGAAGUACCUGGCAAUGAUGAAGAUAACAUUGAUGAACCACCAAGUAAAAAAGCAAGGAAAAUCAAUACGAAAACUACUCUUAUGGAUAAUAUGACAUACAAUGAACGAUUUGGUAAUGUCUGUAAACAUGCUGAUUAUAUACGUGAUUAUACAGCUGAUCUUGAUAAUAAUUUAUGGUGUCGUUAA